GGCACACCCCGUCGACGUCGCUCCGUGCAGGCUCGCCUCCCAAACACCGGUCGUGUUUAUUUUAUCUCUGCACGCUCGGCGGCGGGCGCGCACCGCGCUCGAGGAUCAUCCGGUGGUGUCUCGUCUCUGCUGUGGCGGUCAGUCUACCGAGAUAGUCGACCGCGACGACCUCACGUCGGCAGCGACUGUCCCGGCUCCGAGGAGACGGCUCACCGUAGCCAUGGAGGUAAACCAGUCCGUGUUGCGGGAGGCGUUCAAAGACUACACCUGCCGCGAUGGAGACGUGGUCUUCGAGCGCGGCAACGGCUCCCUUAUCUGCUGGGACAUGAACGCUUCGGCAGCUCUGCGUGUGCCUCCGCCGCGCGCGCUCAACGUCUCCGACUACACCCCUUUGGCGUACGCCCUGCCGCUGUACGGCUACGUGAUGCCCUUCCUGCUGGUGGUUACCAUCAUCGCCAACACGCUGAUCGUCGUCGUCAUGAACCGGAGACACAUGCGCACGCCCACCAACCUGGUGCUCAUGUCCAUGGCCAUCUCUGAUAUGCUGACGCUGCUCCUGCCGGCUCCCUGGCUGCUCUACCUGUACACGUUUGGAAACUACAACCGGCCGAUGGACUCGGUGUACGCCUGCUACGCCUACGUGACGCUGACGGAGACUCUGCCGUCACUGUUCCACACCAGCAGUAUCUGGCUGACUUUGGCUCUGGCCGUACAGCGCUACAUCUACGUCUGCCACGCGGCUGUCGCACGCACCUGGUGUACCGGACCGCGCGUGCUGAAGGCGGUCGUCUGGAUCUACGUGCUCUCGCUGCUGCAUCAGUCGACUCGCUUCUUUGACCGCUCGUUCGUCCUCGAGGAGAUCUGGUUCGAAGGCGAGGUGACUUACAGCUGUCGCACAGAAAUCCCCCGCUGGAUCACCCACGGCAUCUCGCAGGACUACUACUUCGGCUUCUACUUCGGCUUCCGGGUACUGUUUGUGCACAUGUUGCCGUGCAUCUCCUUGGUAGUGUUCAACAUCCUUCUGUUCCGCACCUUACAAGAGGCGCAGGCCAAGCGCGAAAUGCUCUUCCGUGACAGCACAAACAAGGGGAAGCGAGAGUGUAAGCGAGCGAUGGACUCAAACUGCACCACCAUGAUGCUGAUUGUGGUGGUGAGCGUGUUCCUGAUCGUGGAGAUCCCGCUCGCCGUGGUCACCUGUCUCCACAUCCUCGAGAACCUCAUCGAGAACGCCAAGAUCCUCGACUACGACGUCAGUAAGGCGCUGGUGGUCAUCAUCAACUUCAUCAUCAGCUUGUCGUACCCCAUCAACUUCGCCAUCUACUGCGGCAUGUCGCGCCAGUUCCGGGAGACGUUCCGCGACCUCUUCAUCGCCGGGAAGACGACGCAGUUCAGCUUGACGGGCAGCAGCCGCUUCUCUACCGUUAACGGGCCCCGCACACGCACAGAGACAGUGCUCUAGAGCGGCUCAGCGCGUCAGCUUAGGCAAUAGCGCGUGCAGCGACGAAGGAACAUCUGCUGCGGAGGCGGGCCGGAAGCGCGCCGGAAGGAGCUCGCCAUGGCCGCGAGUCCCGUGUCCGCCAUCGCCGUCAUCCGCCGACGUCCGCUUCCGGUAACAAAUCACCCCAGGGGGCAUUCGACGUCAUCAGCGACGAGUUCGCCGCCGUGUCCGCGCCGAGUUCGUCACUGAUGACGGGACGCCGCGGUACGCACCUUGUGCAUGCUGGACACACGACCGCGGCGGCGGCGCGGCGUGCGUUCAGAACAACACGUCACCUUAGCGACAACGGCUGUCGACGAGGGGCGCCAGAGAUGAGACUUUACGGAUGCGUGCGUUUUGUGCGCUGACCGAAGUGAAAACGCGUGUCGGUGAGACGGGCCAAGAGGGAACAGCGGUGCAGAGCCGGCAGAGUGUCGCAAACAGUUAGCGUCCUUUGAAGCUUACCGAGCGCGCGGGUGAGCGUUGUUUGUCGAGGGCGAGAGAGCAACUGUUGCUAACGACGCUAGAAGGGAUUGCAAAGAACUCGAUAGCAUUUCCAACGCGGCUGUUAAAUGUCAUAGAUAUAGCAUGCUUCGUGAAGGUUAUGAUCUAUUUAGGGUUAUUUAUUCUGCUAAUAGUUAUGAAUCACCCUGCCACUUAAUUUAACAUGUCAGGUCUUUUGAUCUUGCUUAACUACGUCACUAUAUCUUGGUACUUAAAAUUAACCUAUCUCCAGUUCCCAGCAAAUCCAUUUACCUUCCUAUCCUCUUGAAACUUUCAGUCAUCACCACCACAUCAUCUCAGCUCCCAGCUGUGACGGCGGUGAGCGGCUCUCAGCAGUCCACGUCGGCGUCUCGUUGGCCACAUGCCGUCCCUCCAUUGACGCCCCUCAGCUACACCGUCCUCUGGCAUUGUGUCGCACCUCCACCGUCUGGUGAGUCUGGCCGGCGGCCCAGAGGGUCCGUCAGUCACCAAAGGAGACGGUCCAUCACCGGAUCGACCCCAUCGCUCCUCCUCGUCACUCACUCUGCCAAUUCACCCUGUCCUCCUCCGACUCUCUGUCUCCGGACUUGUUUUUUAUCUUACAAGUGGGAUUUUUUUGCUGUCAUGUCGACCCUUGUUCGAUCAUCAUUUGCAACUCUCUCUUACCGUUUUAUCAUUUAUGCAUUUCUGCUCGGAUGUAAUCUCCCUUUCUUUCCUUUUUCUCUCCAUCCUCGUCUCUCUGUCUCUCAUUUU